AUGGCUCGCAAGAAAGCCAACAAGGCCAAAGGCCCAGUUGCCCCCACUACCCCAUUUUCACCCGACAAACCACCCGAGUCUCCGCCCCCUGGCUUCGGAGAUGCAGAUGGUGGCAUAGACAGUUACCCAGAGGUCCAACAGAACGAAUACCUGGCGACUCAAGCUAUCUAUCCUGACGAGUUUGUGCGAGUGCAUGGUCGUAAAGACGCAUGGAAGGACCGUGAAAAUCUUGCUUUCCAAGUUCGUCUAACGUCGCUUGAGAACCCAGAGUUCUUCAUCAAAAUCGAGAUUGAAUUUCCUGGCGAUUACCCAAAAGUCCCCCUGAAAGCCAAAGUCAUCACUCUCGAGCCCGACAUCGCUAAAGUCCGGACACAGCUUGACUUGAUAACAAAAAACGUUACCAAAGCCCACAUCGGAAGCGAAUGCGUUCACGAAGUUACCGGAGCUAUUGACGAGCUGCUGAACCGUAGUGCGCUUUCAAAAGCUGAGAAAGCGAACCCCUUCAGCUUGGAGGAGGAGCGUGCAAAGCAAGAGGCGGCUGCCAGACUCGCCAGUCAGCAGGCACAAGACCAACUUCGGCAACAGCAACGAGAACUUGAGGCAAAAGGUCGUCAGGAACUUGUCUCUCGUUUGGACACGGAGAGAAAGCGACGUGAGCACUCUAGAGCAAAAGGCAAAACCAGCGAUAUGGAGACUUGCAACCCGAUCUCGGUUGACUUCGAGAGACCCCUUUUCUGCAAAGACGCUAUCGAUGGGCACCUAAUCGAGUUCACUAAAGUGGAUGGCAGAGCCGCUACACUCAGACGCGACGACAAGAUCAACAGAUUGGUCUCUCCCCAGGUUCCCAACAAUGACAGUGUCAACGUCCCGACCCUGCUCCUGAAACAGAUCAUGUUGAGAAAGGACCUGAUUUCACCGGACGAUAUGCUUACGACUAUGAUGAAAGUCGAGAAGCUUCUCCAGGAGUCCUGCAAGCUUGAAGACGUGAACAUAGUUUCCAUCAUCGGCUACAAACUUGAAUAUCCGGAUGAAGAACGAGGAAAGGAAGAAUACAACUUGUACAUUCUAUCCGAGUUCUCGUGGGAAGGCUCAUUGAGACAGGUCAUCCAUGCGGCUGGACAGCUUGCCCCUGCAAAGGUACGCGAGUACACGCGACAAAUCAUUCAAGCUCUGUGGUUUUUCGAAACUCACAACUUCGUUCACCCUGCUGUUCACACAGGCAACCUCAUAAUCUUCCGCUCUCAUGGCCAGAGCGCACCCAUAGUCAAACUCUCCGAUGGAUACGGCACAGCUUUACGUGAGUUGGUCGACAAAGCGAGGGACAAUUCCAAUGCGCCGACUGUACUACCCCCAUUAUGGAGAGCCCCAGAACUCAUCGAAAAUGCGCAAGCGCAAACCGCACCGACAUCCAUGUGGAAUCUUGGCAGAAUCAUCCUCGAAAUGCUCCUUGGUACCUCGAUUUACGAAGAAUACACAUCACCACGAGACUGUCUUAAGAAGCAGAACCUUGACACUGGUCUGUCAGAGUUGCUGUACAAGCUCUUCAAACCCGAUCCAUCCGCCCGGCCCAGCGCCGAUGAGCUCAAAACCUCAAGCUUCCUCUUCCAGCAUGGACCACUCAUAAUACAUGCGGGAUGGUCGAUUGAGGGAUUGCCAGGAUCCGCUAGAAGUGGCCGGGUUGCUCCGAGUAGAUGGAAUGAUGACUGGGAGUCCCUCGGUAGACUUGGAAAAGGAGGGUUUGGAAGCGUCUAUAAGGCUCGAAAACUCGCCGACCAGGCUGUUUAUGCCGUGAAGCUUAUCAGAGCCUACGACCGCAAACAAUUAGAAGAAUAUCGUUCCGAGGUGCUGAACUUGGCAAGGCUGCAACAUCCAUCGAUCGUCAGAUACUACGAUUCCUGGGCCGAAGCCGAUGACUCUUCCUCCAAGCAGAGAAGCCUUGAGGACACUACCUACACAGAAACAUAUUCGCCUCCGGUUGAACCCAACCCGUCCAUGUCAAAGGGAAAUGCCAUGGCAGAAAGCUACUUGGCCGAUCAAUACACCCAGAAUUUUGGCCGAUCAGGGCUAGAAGCUAUGAACCCAGCAGGACAACGAAAUGAUGCUACCCAGUCGCCAGCUCCACCACGUUUCCAGGUUACAGAAGGGUCAGCGCCGCAUCGCGUUGCGCCUAACGAUUCUAACGACCAGAGUGAUGCGAGCGAGCCACAAUAUGAUGAUAGCGACGACUAUGACAAUGCUUAUGCCGGAGACGCAAAGGUCGAUUCGGCUCUGUUCCGGAACGAUUUCUCGGAUGACAAAGCCAGAGUACCCAGACAUAAGGACUCCUCUCUUCAACAAGAUGGUCCACUCGAGGAAGAGAGUGAGCAGGGCGGUGUAGCUGUCGUCAGUGCCGAAGUCGUCGUCCCUACCCAGCCCAGGAAAACCACACGCAGCAGCAGCACAUUCACAGAAGGGGUCAUAUACAUCCAGAUGGAAUACUGCGAAGGGAAGACCCUGAAAUAUCUGGUUGGAGAGAGCCUCUGUGACAAUGUGAAUCUCGCGUGGCAGCUCCUACGUGGCAUUCUCGAGGGCCUCGACUACAUCCACGCGAACGGCAUUGCUCACCGAGAUCUGAAGCCUGAUAACAUCUUCCUUGGGGCAGGCCAGACACCGAAAAUUGGCGAUUUUGGUCUCGCAGUUGCUAACGCAGCAAAGAAAGGCUCUGAAGUUGGUACUAUGUUCUACAUCGCUCCAGAGCUCAACCGUGGCCUCGAUAUCACUGAUUACAGCAAGGUUGAUAUGUUCUCGCUUGGGAUCAUACUUUUCGAGAUGAGCUAUCAUCUCCCAACCACUUCUGGCCGUUACGCAAUGCUUGACGCUAUUGGUAAGGACGUCGGCAACAUACCGCAGCGACUGUUCGACGAUCCCAAGUACAAGGAGCAAGCACUCAUCAUUAGAGAUUUGCUCAGUCAUCAACCUGCGGACCGUCCAUCAGCGAAUGCUCUUUUAAAUGGAGGAAAGAUCCCGGAGCCAAUUGAGGAGAGUAAACUGGAACGUCGUCUCGAGUGGAUGGCCCAGCACGAUCCGAAGAAACUAGCCAGCAUGCUCGUUAAGAGAAAGAACACCGAUCUGCAGGACCUUGCCUGGGAGUAUAUUCCAACAGCUGAUGAUGAACCAAUCCAGUCGCCAUUGCUUCUAGGUACCGUCAAGGAUCGCUUAGAGGCUACUUUCCGAAAGCAUGGCGCAGUCAUGACGAGCCGCCAGGCUCUACUCCCGAUUGCACUCGAAACAUCAGCUGCCGCUGUAGCCGUCCUCAACGACGACCUCAUCACGCUGCAGCUCCGCAAAGACUUGACGACGCCUUUGGCUCGUACCCUCGCAAAGACCAAACCGCAACACAACAAGAUUUUCUGCUUUGCCGACAUUUAUGAGGCCAGAAACGAGCACGGAAACACUGAACCUCUUCACUUUCCACGAGCCAACUUCGAUUUCGUGUCACACAAGGCUACUGACCUUGCUCUUAAGGAGGCGACCACGAUCUACAUCAUCCAAGACUUCAUUGGACAAGUCCCGGCACUGCUCUCAGUAGAUUGGACUGUUGUUCUCAACCACAUGGACAUCUUGGAUCUGAUUCUCGAGCACUGUGACAUUCGGCAGGAGCACUGGCUGAACAUGAAGGCACUUUUGUCAAGAUACCCAUUUGGCCGUCUCAACGAGAAACAACGCCAGCAACAUCUGAAAGCCUUCGGACAGGCGGCUCGUCUCCAGUACAACGUUGCAGACACUUCACUUGCUGGUCUGGGCAAGUUUGCAUCUAUCAGAGGAGAGCCGAAGGAGGUACGUCGAGCCCUCCAGACCGCUUUCGGGAAGUCCAAGGCUAUGGCCGCCACCGCCCUCGCUCGCGUAAGCCGUCUGGAAGAAAUCAUCAGCUAUCUCCAGCGCCUGAACUUCUCGCAUAAAGUGGUGAUAGCACCGCUCAGUGCUUCGGACGCGCACCUUUACGAGCAGAGCAUUGUCUUCCAAUGCAUCAACGACGAGACCAGCCAACCAUUGGCUAAUGGUGGCCGUUAUGACGAGCUGAUCAAAUACCACGCCCGCGGUAGCAGCGAUCCUGCUCCCCGCGCAGUCGGCCUCUCCUUCAACCUGGAGAAGGUCGCGAAAAUGCUCGUCGACGCCACCGUCGCCGAUGCCUCCGCUGCAAAGGGCAAGAACAAGCCCGGCAAGGCCGGUGCCUCCACCUCCUCUUCUGCCGCUGUUUCCUCCGCCUCGGCCGCGCAGCCUUCCCGCUGCGAUGUGCUCGUCACCAGCUUCGAUCCGGAGCUGCUGACGACGCAUUGCAUGGACGUGCUGCGCGAGCUGUGGACCGCGGGGAUCAGCGCAGAGCUGACAGAGGAGGUGGAGAGCAUGGAGCAGCUGGAGGAGGAGCACGGGGGCGAUGGCCCAUACUGGUUGGUGAUGGUGCGGGUCGUGGCGGGGGAAGUGGUGGUGAAGGUGAGGAGCCCGGUGGGGGAAGAGCAGGGGGUGGAGAUGGAGGGGCUGGCGGCGUGGUUGCGGGUGGAGGUUCGGAGGGGGAGGAAGGGGGGAAAGUGA